CACAGGAGAGGCACGGCAUAGCAAGCCACUGGUGGACAACAGCAGCCUUAACCAGUUUGUUAGUGUUUUUGUUGUUCCCUCGCAUCACUCAACAAGGACUCGCUAAAUCCAAACCCCUUCAACUCGCUCCCUCGCUCCCUCUCACUCCUCUCCUCCAGGCAGGACAAUCAACUGUUUCAACCAACCUGCACGGUCAACCAUUACCAGCACCCCCUCUUCUAGCAAACAAUUUUCUUUUCCUCUUCUUUCCCAAUCACCAGUAUUCCCAGCAUCCCCUCAUUUGUUGUUGACCCUUCAAUCAUUACAACACUCACAGAAAAAUGACUUCUGAACGUGAGAACAAGACCUUUCUCGCCCGCCUCUGCGAGCAGGCCGAGCGUUAUGAUGAAAUGGUCACCUACAUGAAGGAGGUCGCCAGCCUCGGGGGUGAACUCACUGUCGAUGAGCGCAACCUCCUUUCCGUCGCGUACAAGAAUGUUGUCGGCACCCGCCGUGCCUCGUGGCGUAUCAUCUCGUCUAUCGAGCAAAAGGAGGAAUCUAAAGGCUCUGAUAAACAUGUUGCCACCAUCAGGGAAUACCGCGAGAAGAUCGAAGAAGAACUCGAGCGUGUUUGCCAGGACGUCCUCGAGGUCUUGGACAACAACCUGAUCCCCAAGGCUGAAACCGGCGAGUCCAAGGUCUUCUACUACAAGAUGAAGGGAGAUUACUACCGCUACCUCGCCGAGUUCGCCUCUGGUAACAAGCGGAAGGUUGCAGCCACCAAUGCCCACGAGGCCUACAAGAAUGCUACCGAUGUUGCCCAAUCCGAGUUGACCCCUACUCACCCCAUCCGCCUUGGCCUUGCCCUCAACCUUUCAGUCUUCUACUAUGAGAUUGUCAACUCUCCUGAUCGGGCUUGCCAUCUUGCCAAGCAGGCUUUCGACGACGCCAUUGCGGAGCUCGACUCUCUGUCCGAGGAAUCCUAUCGUGACAGUACUUUGAUCAUGCAGCUGUUGCGUGAUAACCUCACUCUCUGGACGUCGUCUGACGGCGGUGAGGCAGAGCCAACUACCACCGACGCAGCUUCCGAGGAGAAGCCCGCCGAGGCUAGCGCUACCACUGACGAACCAGCGGCUCCCGCCUCCACUGAAGACAAGAAGGAAACAGCUGCUGAAUCAUAAAGGAUGGUAAUUUUCCGGUAAUAAUUUUACUGGUCGCCCAAUCCAUGCUUUGCUUGUCCAUCUCCUUCGCCGAUCCUAUGGGAGUUGAAAACGGUCCAUUCGUAGUGUGGAUUGCUUACACCUUCACAUGUUCUUUUUAGUUGUCAUUUCUGUUGUUCUUUUUAAAGGGUUGUGUAUCUUUCAGGUUGCGGAGUUAGUUAUUGUUUGGAGAGAGUGAGACUUGAUCGGAAAUGCAGCUUUCUAUUACCCCACCCCCCAAAUCCCUUUACCUUGAUCGACGCCUUGCUGCGGGCCUGCCCCCUUUAUUCCUUUGGAGAAAGAAGUUGAUUAUCAUGCGGUUAAUACCAUCAGGUAGUCAGAGCUAUCUUCUUGCUAUUCUUCUUCCUCUUUUGUCCUCAGGGAGGGAUGCUGCUCCUUUCUACUGCCCACCCAUCUAUGCAUUUCUGGGUCUGUGAUGCUUGUAGCCCUUGUUACGAACCCUUUCCCCGUCCCCCUUCUCUUCCCCAUGCUAUCAGUUUUCCCUAAUACCUAUUUUUUCUUUUUUUGCCCCCAACGCAAUAGUCACCGAGCCCUUGGCGAUGCCUGGGCGAUGAAGUUACCACCGGUCAAUAAAUACAGAAAGCCUACCCCGUACUCCGU